UAUGGAAGCCGAGCUGGUGGUCAUCUCUUCGGGGAGGUCUGGCUGUUGUCCCUAGAGAGUUCCACCCAACUUUGCAGGCUGCUCAGACCUCAGGAGCCUUCGGUCCUCCCACAUGCCCAGCAUGUGCCCUGUGUUCAGUCACGGUCUCGUCUCUCCUCUCUGACGACGGCCGCUGAGUGCAACCGGCCAAGGGUUAGCUCAGCUGCACAUGGACCCUCCCUGGGACAGAAGCCACCGAGGCCGUCGGGCAGGGGCAGCCAGCGUGCAUGUAACUGAUCUGAGCUGGCACGGCCUCCAGAACCCCAGGCCCCUGAUAAAGGACAAUGACAGUGCUGAGGUGCUGUUCGAGCAGUACCUGUCCCCCUCCAAGCUGCAGGCUUUAGCUCAAGUGGAGGACCUGAAGCAGGUGACGGUGCUGGAGAUGUGUGUAGACACGCGGGAGAACAGCUUGGGAAACUUUGGUGCCCAUCUGCCCAAUCUGAGCCAAUUGAAACUGAACAACAGCCUGCUGGCCUCUAUUAGGGACCUGGGCACCUCCCUGUCUCACCUUCAGAUUCUGUGGAUGGUUCGUUGCGGGCUGGCAGACUUGGACGGAAUCAGUUCCCUUCACUCCCUGAAGGAGCUCUACAUGUCCUACAACAAUAUUUCUGACUUGAGCCAAAUCUGUCUGCUGGAUCAGCUCGAGGUUCUGGACCUGGAGGGCAACAACAUUGAGAACCUUGAGCAGGUGCGCUACCUGGGUCUCUGCAAGAAACUCCACAUACUCACUCUGGAGGGGAAUCUGAUCUGCCUGAGGCCAGAGCCAGAAGCAGCCGAGGCCCCAGACUAUAACUACAGGGCAGAGGUGAAAAAGCUCAUUCCCCAUCUCCAGUUCUUGGAUGACAUACCUGCUGGCCAGACCUCCCUCCAGGCCACCCGGAAGCUCAACAAAGACUGGCUCAUUGUCAAGGAAUCCAUCAAAGAGGCCAACCUGGAUGGCACUUGGUUUAAUUUUCAUGCAGGCUUACCAAGGCAGAGGCUCAACCCCAAUCUGAGGCUGUCCACAAGCCCCUUACCACCAACUCCACGGCCGUGGCCUUUCCCUGUGGGCCGGCUGCCCUGGACGAUGCCCCUGUCAUCUCCUGGGAGUCCCCUCCCGGAAGCCUUCCUCCCCGAGGAGCUGGCCCCCGACACCAGCGAUUCCAGUGACCUGACCCACGGUGUCAGCCGGGUCCUCUGUGGAAACCCCAUCAAAGGCCUGCAGGAGCGCCGGCAGAAGCUACGCGACCACAGUAGACACCCAGCUCCCCAGCCUCCAGCCCUGGGGUCUGUCAGGUCACCUCCGCAGGGCCUGGAAGAGCUCUCUGGUGGGGAAGAGGACCUCUGGGCAGAGUUCAAGCCUUGGAGGGAGAAGCAGCAGCAACGGAGGCUGGUCGGGGGGAGAAGCUUCCGGCUUUCCAAGGUGUGUUCCCAGGAGGAAGAGGAAGAGGACCGGAUGGUGCUGAAUGACCAGGAGGAAGAGGAGAAGGCCCAGGGCCCCCUCGGGUCUUGCCCGGGCUCCCCAAGCCCUGCCCCAGAUCCUUCCAAAGUCAUGAGCAGCAGCGGACAGCUAGCUGGGCCCAGCUACCCCCUGAUCCCUUCUUUCCUCAAGUGCCCAUCCCCUCCCCCUCUGCCUAACCCCAAAGGGCACUCGAGGUCGGAGUUCCGGGACAGGCGUCUGAGCCCGAACCUCACCGUCAGCCCAUUGUCCAGCUCAGAGGCAGGGGCCCACCUAGGGGAGAGGCUAGCCACGCGGACUCCCUUCAGGUGUCUCAUGGCCCUGAGAGGCCCAGGAUCCCAGAGCCAACCAGAGCAUCGAGGGGUCAAGCCAGCUGUGGGAUCUGGACUCACCGAGGCCACGUACAGCGCACGGGGCCUCAGACCAGCUGCCAGGGGCCAGUCGCCUGCGUCUUUUGUCUCCUACACACCCUCCCCGCUGGAGCCCGCCUUCUCCCUCCUCAGACAUCAGGCAGAGAAGAGUGCAGCCAAGGGACCCAGAUGUAGGCAGCCCAUUAUCCGCUCUCCAGCCAAGGCCCCAGAGAAGAUGCUCCCGCCAGCCCCUGCCUGGCCACUCACCAGCAGCAGCACCAGCACCCUACACAGGUGGCCCAGCCGGCCCAGCCUGGGCCCCACCACUACCCUACCCCCAACACCCCCAGCACACCCCCAGAGGAACUCCAAGUCGUAACACUACAACGGCAGCUGCUCGGGCAAGCAGACGCGGCCCCCGAAGCCCCUGGCACCAGAUCCAAGGCCCGCGGCUAACCCCAACGAGGCAGAGC